CCUCCCCAGCACCAACACGCACUAAUCAGUUCAGGUCCAGCAUCUAGACCCAGACGAACUGACCGGAGGCCUAGCUUGUCCUGGCUGACCUGGUCAGCCUCCAGAGUAUGGUCUGGCUGGGGCCCCGUUUGCUGCUCCCCAUCCUCUGUCUGGCUUCUCAUGUUGGCGCCGCGGUGGACCUGACGCUGCUGGCCGACCUGCGGCUCGCCGAGCCCCAGCGCUUCUUCCUGACCUGCGUGUCCGGGGAGGCCGGGCCGGGCCCGGGCGCCGACGCCUGGGGGCCCGCGCUGCUGCUGGAGAAGGACGACCGCAUCGUGCGCACGCCGCGGCCCGGGCAGCCCCCGCACCUGCUGCGCAACGGCUCGCACCGCGUCACGCUGCGCGGCUUCUCGCAGCCCUCCGACCUCGUGGGCGUCUUCUCGUGCGUGGGCGGCGCGGGCGCGGGGCGCACGCGCGUGCUCUACGUGCACAACAGCCCGGGAGCGCACCUGCUCCCGGACAAGGUCACACACACGGUGAACAAGGGCGACACAGCCGUGCUUGUGGCACGUGUGCGCAAGGAGAAGCAGACGGAUGUGAUCUGGAAGAGCAACGGAUCCUACUUCUAUACCCUGGACUGGCAUGAGGCCCAGGAUGGGCGGUUCCUGAUGCAGCUCCCAAAUGUGCAGCCACCAGCGAGUGGCAUUUACAGUGCCACCUACCUGGAAACCAGCCCCCUAGGCAGCGCCUUCUUCCGGCUCAUCGUGCGGGGCUGUGGGGCAGGGCGCUGGGGACCAGACUGUACCAAGGAAUGCCCAGGUUGCCUGCAUGGAGGUGUCUGCCAUGACCAGGAUGGCGAGUGUGUGUGCCCCCCUGGAUUCACUGGCACCCGCUGCGAGCAGGCCUGCAGAGAGGGCCGUUUUGGGCAGAGCUGCCAGGAGCAGUGCCCAGGCACAUCAGGCUGCCGAGGUCUCACCUUCUGCCUCCCGGACCCCUACGGCUGUUCUUGUGGAUCUGGCUGGAGAGGAAGCCAGUGCCAGGAAGCCUGUGCCCCUGGCCACUUCGGGGCGGAUUGUCGUCUCCAGUGCCGCUGUCGGAAUGGUGGUACUUGUGACCGCUUCAGCGGCUGUGUCUGUCCGUCCGGCUGGCACGGAGUGCACUGUGAGAAGUCAGACCGGAUCCCCCAGAUCCUGGACGUGGCCUCAGAACUGGAGUUCAACUUAGAGACUACGCCCCGGAUCAACUGUGCAGCCGCGGGGAACCCGUUCCCAGUGCGGGGCAGCAUGGAGCUCCGGAAGCCAGAUGGCACAGUCCUCCUGUCCACCAAGGCCAUUGUGGAGCCAGACAGGACCACAGCUGAGUUCGAGGUGCCCCGCUUGGCCCUUGGGGACAGUGGGCUCUGGGAGUGCCGCGUGUCCACAUCUGGUGGCCAAGACAGCCGACGUUUCAGGGUCAAUGUCAAAGUGCCCCCAGUGCCCCUGACUGCUCCUCGGCUCCUGGCCAAGCAGAGCCGCCAGCUCGUGGUCUCCCCGCUGGUCUCCUUCUCUGGGGAUGGCCCCAUCGCCUCUGUCCGCCUGCACUAUCGGCCCCAGGACAGCACCAUGGCGUGGUCCGCCAUUGUGGUGGACCCCAGUGAGAAUGUGACUUUAAUGAACCUGAGGCCGAAGACGGGAUACAGCGUCCGCGUACAGCUGAGCCGGCCAGGGGAAGGCGGGGAGGGGGCCUGGGGGCCUCCCACCCUCAUGACCACAGACUGUCCUGAGCCCUCGUUGCAGCCGUGGUUGGAGGGCUGGCACGUGGAGGGCCCUGACCGGUUGCGAGUGAGCUGGUCCUUACCCUCGGUGCCUGGGCUACUGGUGGGCGAUGGUUUCCUGCUGCGCCUAUGGGAUGGGACACGGGGACAGGAGCGGCGGGAGAACGUCUCGUCCCCCCAGGCCCGCACCGCCCUCCUGACCGGACUCACGCCUGGCACCCCCUACCAGCUGGAUGUGCGGCUCUACCACUGUACCCUCCUGGGCCCUGCCUCGCCCCCUGCGCGCGUGCUUCUGCCCCCCAGCGGGCCCCCAGCCCCCCGACACCUCCGUGCCCAGGCCCUCUCAGACUCCGAGAUUCAGCUGACAUGGCAGCGCCCAGAGGCUUCAGCUGGGCCUAUAUCCAAGUACAUCGUGGAGGUGCAGGUGGCUGGGGGCUCAGGAGACCCGCUGUGGAUGGACGUGGACAGGCCCGAGGAGACAAGCACCAUUGUCCGUGGCCUUAAUGCUAGUACACGCUACCUCUUCCGUGUGCGGGCCAGUGUCCAGGGCCCCGGCGACUGGAGCAGCGUGGUGGAGGAGUCCACCCUGGGCAAUGGGCUGCAGAGUGAGGGCCCGGUCCAAGAGGUCCAGGCAGCUGAGGAGGGCCUGGAUCGGCAGCUGAUCCUGGCCGUAGUGGGCUCCGUGUCUGCCACCUGUCUCAGCAUCCUGGCUGCCCUCUUAACACUGGUGUGCAUCCGCAGAAGCUGCCUGCGCCGCAGACGCACCUUCACUUACCAGUCAGGAUCGGGCGAAGAAACCAUCCUGCAGUUCAGCUCAGGCACCUUGACGCUAACCCGGCGGCCGAAACCACAGCCCGAGCCCCUGAGUUACCCAGUGCUGGAGUGGGAAGACAUCACCUUUGAGGACCUCAUCGGGGAGGGGAACUUCGGCCAGGUCAUCCGGGCCAUGAUCAAGAAGGACGGGCUCAAGAUGAACGCGGCCAUCAAGAUGCUGAAAGAGUAUGCCUCUGAAAAUGACCAUCGGGACUUUGCGGGGGAACUGGAAGUUCUGUGCAAAUUGGGGCAUCACCCCAAUAUCAUCAACCUCUUGGGGGCUUGUGAGAACCGAGGUUACCUGUAUAUCGCCAUUGAAUACGCCCCCUACGGGAACCUGCUAGACUUUCUGCGGAAGAGCCGGGUCCUGGAGACGGACCCAGCUUUCGCCCGAGAACAUGGCACGGCCUCGACCCUCAGCUCCCGGCAGCUGCUGCGCUUCGCCAGUGAGGCGGCCAACGGCAUGCAGUACCUGAGCGAGAAGCAGUUCAUCCACAGGGACCUGGCUGCCCGCAAUGUGCUGGUCGGAGAGAACCUGGCCUCCAAGAUUGCUGACUUUGGCCUCUCUCGGGGGGAGGAGGUUUAUGUGAAGAAGACGAUGGGGCGUCUCCCUGUGCGCUGGAUGGCCAUUGAGUCUCUGAACUACAGUGUCUAUACCACCAAGAGUGAUGUUUGGUCCUUUGGGGUCCUCCUCUGGGAGAUCGUGAGCCUUGGGGGCACGCCUUACUGUGGCAUGACCUGUGCUGAGCUCUAUGAGAAGCUGCCUCAGGGCUACCGCAUGGAACAGCCUCGUAACUGUGACGAUGAAGUGUACGAGCUGAUGCGUCAGUGCUGGCGGGACCGUCCAUACGAGCGACCCCCCUUUGCCCAGAUUGCGCUGCAGCUGGGCCGGAUGCUGGAAGCCAGGAAGGUCCCAGGUCCCAGACUCCUUACCUGUCUUCCUCUGCUGGGGCCAUCAGCCCACUCUCAUCUGGAGCCUUUCUCCUCACCGGGCACAGAGCCAGAGUGACAGUGCACGAAUGGCCAGCUAACCAAAUGGAUGGAUGGGUGAAUGAAUGAUAUAGUAAGUGAAUGAAUGAGUAGAAUUAGUGGAUGGGUGAUAUAAUAAGCAUAUGAAUAAACAAAUAACUGAAUCUAAUAACCACGUGAAUAAAUGAAUUAUCAGGUAAAUAUAAACGAAGAAAUAUAUCAGAAUGAGCAAAUGCAAAAAGAGUUCUUUGUAUGAAUUAAUGACUGAGUAGCUGUAGGAAUUAAUAAACUGUCAUAAGAAUGAAGGAAUGGGGCGCCUGGGUGGCUCAGUUGGUUAAGGACUGCCUUCAGCUCAGGUCAUGAUCCUGGAGUCCCAGGAUCGAGUCCCACAUCGGGCUCCCUGCUCAGCAGGGGGUCUGCUUCUCUCUCUGACCCUCCUCUCUCUCAUGCUCUCUCUCUCUCAAUAAAAUAAAAUAAAAUAAAAAAUCUUUUAAAAAAAAAUCCCAUUAAAAAAAAAAUGAAGGAAUGAUCAGGAGGCCUGGCUGGCCCAGUUGGUGGAGGGUGUGACUCUUGAUCUCGGGGUGAUGAGUUUGAGCCCACGUUGGGUGUGGAGACUACAUAAAUAUAAACCCUUUCAACAAACAAACAAGAAUGAAUGAAUGAUCAAAUAACCACAUAAAUGGAUAAAUGAUCAAAAAUAGCUUUAUGAAUAGAUGGAUAAAUGAAUGAAUGCAUGAAUAGAUUCAUUUGAUGGGUACAUAAAAAAAAACCAAGAUGAAUGGAUAAAGAUGUGGUAUAUACAGUUGACCCUUGAACAAUGGAUGGGUUAAGGGCACCGAUCCCCUAGGUAGUCAAAAACCUGCAUAUAACUUUUGACUCCCCCCAAACUUAAUUACUAAUAGCUUACUGUUGAUUAGAAGCCAUACCACUAACAUAAACAGUCAACUAACACAUAUUUUGUGUAUGUAUUAUAUACUGUGUUCUUACACCAAAAUAAACUAGAGAAAAGAAAAUGUUAGUAGGAAGAUCAUAAGGAAGAGAAAAUACAUUUACCCCCACUGUACAGUGUUUAUUGAAAAAAAUCUGGUGUAAGGAGACCCAUACAGUUCAAAUCCAUGUUGUUCAGCGUCAGUUGUGUGUACAAUGGAAUAUUACUCAGCCAACAAAAAGAAUGAAAUCUUGGGGCGCCUGGGUGGCUCAGUCAUUAAGCAUCUGCCUUCGGCUCAGGUCAUGAUCCCAGGGUCCUGGGAUCGAGCCCCACGUCGGGCUCCCUGCUCCUCGGGAAGCCUGCUUCUCCCUCUCCCACUCCCCCAGCUUGUGUUCCCUCUCUCGCUGUCUCUCUCUGUGUCAAAUAAAUAAAUAAAAUCUUAAAAAAAAAAAAAAGAAUGAAAUCUUGCCAUUCACAGCAACAUGAUUGGAUCUAGAGGGCACUAUGCUAAGAAAUAUGUCAGAGAAAGACAAAUACCAUUUGAUCUCACUUAUAUGUGGAAUCUAAAAAACAAAACAAAGAAUAAACAAAAAACAGAGGCUCAUAAAUCCAGAGAACAAACUAGUGGUUGCCAAGCCUCCACACUUGGGCAAAAUCGGUGAAGACUAAGAGGUACAAGAGGUACAAACUUCCAGUUACGCAGUAAGUCAGUCCCAGGGAUGAAAGCACAGCAUAAGGAAUAUAGUCACCAAUACUGUGCUAACUUUGAGUGGUGACAGAUGGUGACUGUCAAAUCGCUCUGUUGUACACCUGAAACUAACAUAAUAUUAUAUGUCAACUACAGUUCAAUGAAAAAUUUUUUAAAAGAAGAGAAAAAACCCUCCUGUUUAACAGUGUGUCGACGGGCUCUCACCUGAACCCCCAACCGUGGUCUCUUCUGGCUGCAGAGGGCCGCCUUUGGCCAUGGGGCCAUCUUGAGUCUAAAUCAGUGUCUCUUCAAGUCGCGCUACCACAUUGGAAGCCAGGCAGCUCCAGCCAGAGGCGCC